UUGAUAGGAUUCUGUGCCCAGUGUUUGCUUCAAGUGGAAUAAUUGGUGCUUUUGUAUGACAGUGUUUUUUUUAUAAACAGUGUUCUAGUAAAUAACUGCAGAUUAUUAAAAUACCUACGUUUGUGGAAAUCAGCAAUCUCCGGAUCAGUUGAUGAUUAACAUUACAGAUCGUGAAUAGAAAUUUUCCACGUUGGAUUUCAAAUUCGUUUGGCAACCACGAAGAAUGGGAACAGGUGACAGAUUACUUGACAUCCCAUGCAAGGUAUGCGGUGAUCGUAGCUCAGGAAAGCACUAUGGCAUCUACAGCUGUGACGGCUGCUCUGGUUUCUUCAAACGCAGCAUCCAUCGUAAUCGAGUAUACACCUGCAAGGCAGCCGGUGAACUGAAGGGUCGGUGUCCUGUAGACAAAACCCAUCGCAAUCAGUGUCGAGCUUGUCGGUUAUCCAAGUGCUUCCAGUCGGCGAUGAAUAAAGACGCUGUUCAACAUGAACGAGGUCCACGCAAACCGAAGUUGCAACACCUGCAGCAAAACGGAGCACAUCCUCAUCACCUGGGAGGACACUUUUUGAACGCAUCGUCCUACGGUCAUGUCCCGCACUUUGCCAACCUUCAUCAUUCAGCUAUGCAGCAAAAUUCGAUCCUGCAUCAUCCACAGCCUCUAUCAUUUGCCCCUUUAGGACACCAUAUGCCUCCUUCACUUUUACCGCCAGUGAAAUUAGAGCAGAAAUUCGAAUUCCCUCCUACGAGCAAUGGCCAACUAUCCUCAUCAUUGUUGUCAUCUGUCAAAAUGGAACAAACCAAACUAUCCUCAUUCGACUUCUCCCCAUCAAGUCAACGAUUCUACAAACCAUUGGAGCAGCUUCCCCCAUCACCUACCAACUCAAAAAGCUCCAUAAGCGUUGACUCUCCCUCAGAAAGCCUCACCAGUCCGCAACCUUCGACUGUAGACUGUGGGUCCAGUGUCCUUAGUCCAACCCCAAUCAAUGCCAGCAAUCUUAGUCUUCCCUCCCCGCUGUCCCAAACUGGUGUCCUAGAUAUCAUUAUGAGUUCCGAUAAAUGCCAAGAAUUUAUCCAGUAUCAAAUGCAUAACAAUAACCUAAUGUUUCCUGGCUUUAAUUCACCGGAAGCCGGUGGAACAGUUCAACAACCACCUCCUCCUCCACCUCCGCUGAUUCCACAUCCAACACCCUUACCCGCCGACAGCCCUGGACUACGAUUACCAACGUGGGAAAUUCUACAGGAAACUACCGCUCGACUGCUCUUCAUGUCUGUGAGGUGGGUCCGCUGCUUGAUUCCUUUCCAAACAUUGUCCAAAAGUGAUCAGCAUCUUUUGCUACAGGAAUCGUGGAAGGAACUAUUUCUACUGAAUUUCGCACAAUGGAGUGUUCCUUGGGAUCUCAGUGCCCUGCUCGAGAGUCCUCAAGUACGCGAUCGAUUACCGCAAGAUCCAGCCACGCAGAUGGAGAUGAAGACGAUGCAGGAAAUACUGUGUCGCUUUCGACAGAUCUCACCGGAUCUCAGCGAACUGGGAUGCAUGAAGGCGGUUAUAUUGUUUUCUCCUGAAACAUCGGAACUAUGUGACGUUCAACCGGUAGAGAUGUUGCAAGACCAGGCCCAGUGUGUGCUGUCGGACCACGUACGAGUGCGCUACCCCCGUCAGCCAACCCGAUUCGGACGUCUGUUGCUUCUGCUGCCGUUGCUGCGGACGAUCCGCUCCGUAACCAUCGAAACUCUGUUCUUCAAAGAAACCAUAGGUACCGUGCCAAUCUCUCGUCUUCUAAUCGAUAUGUAUCAGAUGGAAAAGUACACCGAACUCGAAGCUGGCAUGACUGGAGUCAGCAACGGUACCGUUCCAAUGAAGCAUUAGUCAAGCGGUCUGGGAAAAAAAGAUCGUCCCGCACCGAACCGCUUAUACAAAUUUUUAAUUUGAAAAAACAUCUAGAGAAAAUAUGUUUUCCACCCAUUUCCUUCCCACGACAUGCAUGCUGCUUCAGACCGUGCAUGAGUGCGCAAAGCCGAAAGCAGAUAAAAGUUCAACAUGUUCAAAAGAGCAACGGAAGCAGCAUAAAAAAGAUGUUUUCCCAAAGCGCUGCGGGAUAUUUGAGUUUUAUCUGACAGUGCGAAACGGAAUCUCCACUCACCAGAAGCGAUGAACCAUUUCCGCUCAUUCUUCGGUCGGUAACUUUGCGGGUGGAAAACAGAACCACCUCUGCCACACUACAUUACAACAGUCUCAAAAUCAAGUCCCGAAGACAUAGCAGCAUCUGGCAGUCAUGCGGUUGCACCAUUUUUUAAGGAAUAAACGGGGACGGUCAGACUUACUGCUGUUGUGAGGAGUGAUUUUUUUUUACGUUUUUAACUGAAUUGGCAAGAUAGCAAUUUACAUUUGCUGAUAUUAUUUUUCAAUCUGUUAAACAAAUGCAAUCUUCU